UCAUGUGGAAUGUCAAAUGUGCAGAUCUCAUAGCCGGUCCAGAAUUUUUCUGGAAUAAUAUAUUUUUACAAUAAGUAAGGAACAUUGAAGAGUAGUAUUAGCUCUUACCAUGGAAAAUGAUAUAAUAGAUUCACUGAAUGAUCUCGGUUAUGAAGGACCUUUAGCAGAUGAAGUUGCAUUUGCAAAAGCCAUUGAUGGAGGCCCAAAAUCUCUAGAAUAUACAAAGUUAGUACACAUUUUAGCUGAAGAAAUAAAAAAGCUAUGCAAUUUAGAAGAAACUGUCAAUAUAAUGAAUGACCCCGAUGAAUCUAGCACAUUUCUACUAGAAUUGAGCUCUUUCUUAAAAGAACUGGGGUGCCCAUAUAAGAAAUUAGUGACAGGACACAUGUCAUCUAGACUGGAAUCAAGAGAAGACAAAAUACUACUGUUGGAUUAUUUAGUGUCAGAGUUGAUGUCCGCAAGAAUGGUCAGUGUUGAUUGUCCAAAAGAAAAACAAGGGACUGGGAUGAAUAUUGUUGUACAAGAAUCACCAACAGCAAAGGACUUGAAGGACAUAUUGAUUAGUUUGAAGUUUAACAAACCUCCACCAAACAUCACUCCAGAAGUACUAUUCUUAAAGCUAGAAGCAAAAUUAAAGGAAACAUUACAUAAAGAAGGUGCGGUAUUAGUUGGCAAGUCACUAUACAAUAAAGCACAAAAUGAAAAAGACUGGAAAUCCUUAGAAAAUACAUUUACAGAGCUAUUUGAAGAAUAUCGACUAAGGAGAGAGACUUUAAUUACCCGAUUAGAAUGCACUAUACAGAGUUUUGAGUGGUCAGACCGUUUGAAAUCGAAAAGAGACGUAAUCCAGUCAACAUAUAGACCAAAAAGGGAACAAAUGAAACUCAAACCAAAUGUGAAGCUGUCGGAUUUUCUCGCUGCGCGAACAUCUUUGCUGCAAAUUGAAAAAACUUCAAGUGCCUCUGUUAGAAAGAACACGCAGAGUGAUGUUAACAAAGUGCUUAUUGGAAGGGUUCCAGAUAGAGGAGGUCGCCCUAAUGAACAACAGCCUCCACCACCAGAGAUGCCAUCUUGGCAACAGAGAUCUGCCCCACAGGGUGGUCGCGGUGGAGGCCGUGGGGGAGAUGGAAUGGGAAGGGGCGGAGAGAGAGGAGGAAGGGGAGGAGAGAGAGGAGGAAGGGGAGGAGAGAGAGGAGGAAGGGGUGGAGAGAGAGGAGGAUGGGGCGGAGAGAGAGGAGGACGUGGUGGGGGAAGAGUCCAGGGUGGAUACAACCAAGGAAAUGGAGACCAGCGGCCUCAAAGUAGUCCUGGUUUUAACCAAAACCGCAAUUACCAAACCUACGAAGUGCCACCUGGCGGUUACAGCCAGAAUAACCAGAAUAAUUACAAUCAAGGCUACGAUAGUAUGGGCAGCUAUAACCAAAGAGGUGGCUACCAACCCCAACAAAACCCAGGUCAUCAACAGGGCUACCAACGCUACGAGCAUGACGAGAGAAGAGGUCGCGGUGGGUACAGAGGCCGCCGUUGACACCCCGCGUUUGACACUUCCGCUCUCAGCUGACAUUUGGCACCCUUAAUCUAUUCAUGACUUAGUUGACGGUAGUUUUAAUCUACCCUCAUUUAUUUAUUAUACAAUUUAUUUUUUAAGUUCUUUAUUAAACAAUAGAAUUUUAAAAUUAAUAAAUUUUCCGCAGCAAAAAACUUACCAUUUUAAGUACGUAUUUAAUACUACCGUCAACUUAGUUUAAGUUAUAUUCAUCUUUAACUAUAUUAUUAGAUUAGCAGUAAUAUAUAAAUUUAAAUCGCUAGUGAUUUUUAGGCAUGUUAUUAUUAACUUUCUUAAAUUCUCUUCAUAGAAAAGUUAAGAAUCAUGUUUUAAAGAAAUUCAAAUAGUUUUAUUAGCGUUUUAGCUUUGACCCAUCACUAGUGCGAAAAAUAUUUUAAUUAUGAAAUAUUUAAGCACAGAUAAAUUAAAUUUUUACUAUAACAUACAUCAUCUUAAAUCAAUUUCUUAUUAGUUUUAGUAAUUGUCAAAAAAUUUCAAAAGAUGGAGUGGAUAUAGUGAAAAUUAGA